AAAGCAAUGUCGUUCAUACUUACACUGAAGCUCCUAGCAUAAUCCUAUAGCUGCUCCAAAAGUACAGCCAACCAACCAUGUCUGUCCAAACUAUUCCAGCAGCUGAAUCCCAGAUCAAUACUAAGCCAGAAGUUGUUCGGCGCACAGCAAAUUAUGAACCUAGCAUUUGGGGAGAUCGGUUUGCUAACUAUGCUGAAGACAUUGUAACUCAAGCUCAUAUGCAAAAACAAGUUGAGGAGCUGAAACAAGUAGUGAGGAAGGAAGUAUUCACUGAUGCUGCUGAUGAUUUUUCACAUCAACUGAAGCUAAUUGAUGCAAUCCAGCGCCUCGGUGUGGCUUACCAUUUUGAAACUGAUAUAGAACAAGCCCUGGAACGUAUACAUGCUACCUAUCAAGAUGAUGAUGGUGAUCUGUACAAUGUUGCUCUUCGUUUUCGACUACUCAGACGACAUGGAUAUAAUGUUUCCUGCGAUGUAUUCAACAAGUUCAAAGAAGCUAAUGGUGACUUCAAGGAAAGCUUAGUUACUGAUGUUUCUGGUAUGCUAAGCUUCUAUGAGGCAGCCCAUCUAAUGGUGCAUGGAGAAAAAUUACUAGAAGAGGCUCUCGUUUUUACCACCACUCAUCUCCAGACUGCAACAACUUCAACCAGUGCAAGCUCUCUGCUGAAAGCACAAAUAACUGAAGCCCUAGAGAGACCUCUAUUAAAAACUGUAGAGAGGUUAGGUGCUCGGCGUUACAUGUCAAUAUACCAAGAUGAAGCUUCACACAAUGAAGAUUUACUGAAACUUGCCAAGUUAGAUUUCAAUCUUGUUCAGUGUUUACACAAAAAGGAACUCAGUGACAUUAUAAGAUGGUAUAAGGGAGUAGACUUUGCAAGGAGGUUGCCUUUUGCUCGAGAUAGGCUCGUGGAGAUGUUCUUUUGGAUAACGGGAAUAUAUUUUGAACCCCAAUACGUGUUCGGGAGAAACAUUCUGACGAAGCUGAUUGAGUUAGUAACAGUAAUGGAUGAUAUAUAUGAUGCAUUCGGUACAUUCGAAGAACUCGUCAUCUUAACUGAAGCAAUUGAGAGAUGGGAUGCUAGUUGCAUGGAUCAACUGCCAGACUAUAUGCAACCAUUUUAUCUAACACUUCUGGAUGUUGUCAAUGAAGUUGGGGAGGAACUGAUAAAGCAAGGAAGAUCAUACCAACUUUACUAUGUAAAAGAAAUUAUGAAGAAUCAAGCCAGGCUCUAUUUUGCUGAGGCCAGAUGGUUCCACGAAGGAUGCACCCCAAGAAUGGAUGAGUAUAUGCGUGUUGCGGCAUCUUGUAUCGGUAACACCUUGCUUUCAGUGGUAUCUUUAGUAGAUAUGGGAGACAUUAUAACAAAAGAGACAUUUGAGUGGUUGACCAAUGAUCCUAAAAUUCUUAGAGCUUCGAAUAUCAUAUUUAGGCUUAUGGAUGACAUUGCUGGGCACAAGUUUGAGAAAGAGAGAGGGCAUGUUGCUUCUAGUAUCGAUUGCUACAUGAAUGAAUAUGGGGUCUCAGAGCAAGAGACAAUUGAUGUCUUUAACAAACAAAUUGUGGAUUCGUGGAAGGAUAUAAACGAAGAGUUUCUGAGACCCACUUCUGCGCCAAUGCCUGUGCUUAAUCGUAUUCUUAACCUAACUGGAGUGGUUGAUCUCCUUUACAAAAGGGGAGAUGCCUUCACGCAUGUUGGAAAACUGAUGAAAGACGCUAUUGCUUCACUGUUUAUUGAUCCAGUGCCACUCUGAAUUUGGAUAUCGAUCAGUCAUGAUUCAAUCUCCUAGCCUUUUUUAUUUUAUUGAAUAUAUCUUUAAAAAUAAGACGAUGGACCUCGAUCAAUUGAUGCUUCAGUGUUCCAAGUACUGGGGCGCUAUCCUUUUAUUAUUGUUGGGUUUGCUAAUUUAAUUGUUUAAAUGUCUAGCUCGUAACUUAUGUUGUCUAUGUUUCAAGCUCAAUUUAA